GAGGGAAGAAAGAAAUCCGGGGCAGAGCGUGGAAGCAGCUGGGGUGGUUAUUGUGGAAUUAGACAGACGAAAUGACUAGUGCAACUGCUGCCCUGACACCUACUACCACGGCCCUAUUUGGCGGUGCCCAAACAAGAGGAUCGAGGCAUUCGCCGGAAUUCAUGAGGAGGACUUUUCCUCUUUCGUGCCCAACCACGGCCACUAGUGAUAGCUGUGCCCAUGGCUGGAGUAUUGCUGCUCAUCGUGCUCACAGACGCUCCACCCUACUGGUGUUUUCGAGGGCGGCUUCCUCUGCUUCUGCGCCCGAGACUGGCAAAGACAAAAAGAAGCAGAAGAAGAAGGAUAACUACGAUGACGAGGAGGAGGAGGAGGAUAAUGUAGACGGCGUUGGCAACCCUAAGAAGGAACAGCCUUCUUCUUCUUCUUCUUCUGUUUCAGUUAUGAGGAGGCUGGACGACGUGAAUCCAGUGGGACUGGGAAGGCGGUCGAGGCAGAUAUUCGACGAGGUGUGGCGCAAGUUCUCCGGAUUGGGACAGAUCUCCAGGACGACCCGCACCGACGAUGAGGCCAGCCUUCUCAUUAGGGAGGGUGGUCCCAUGUGCGAGUUUGCCAUCCCUGGGGCCCAGAAUACCACCGUCCUCGUUGUUGGUGCCACCAGCCGCGUGGGUCGCAUUGUUGUCCGAAAGCUUAUGCUUAGGGGUUACACUGUCAAGGUUCCUUUGCUUGCCUCUUCACAUCUCUCUCACUUGAUAUGAUUCCGCUUAUUAAGACUCUACUCAUGAAUCAUGAUGCUAUUCCUGCAACAUUAUUCCUAAGCUGACAAAAUAUUCUACUGAAUGGAUAUGCACAACUUCCACAUCUUUGAUUCUUGUAUGCAUGUUGCAGUAAGCAAUGUUUCUUAUUAGUGUU